CUUUAUUGUUUUUUAUUUGUUGCAAAUAUUAGUUGUUUUGAGUUUAUGAAUUUACACUUAAAAUAGCAUAACCCGAAGUAAUUAUACAUAAAUAUGGAUUCAGAAUUAUUAUUUAGAGAUUAUGCAUUACUCAGGAACUUAAAAUUUAACGAUGAACGAAUAUCAACAGUGACAUCUCGUGAACAGCAAAAGACCGAGAAUUCCAUAGAAAAAUGUUUCAGUCGCUUUCAACAAAUGCAGUACCUGGAUCCAAAAGUAAAGAAAAUUCAUCGGGAAGAUCACCAACGCUACCUGGAGUCGAUGCUACGCAGACUUCCCUUACACUAUGAAUGCCUUGACAGUAGUAGACCAUGGAAUGUUUAUUGGAUAUUGCAAGCUGCUCAUUUAUUAAAUUUCACAUUUGACGAUGAAACAUUAGAGCAUGUUGUGCAAUUUCUAAUCAAAUGUCGUCAUCCUAAAGGAGGAUUUGCCGGUGGUCCCGGUCAAUACCCGCAUUUAGCUCCAACAUAUGCCGCUGUGAAUAGUCUAUGCAUAAUUGGUACAUCGAGUGCGUAUCGUGCAAUCGAUCGUGAAUCUUUGAUGCAGUUUCUAUUCUCUGUGCGAGAACCAGAUGGCUCCUUUAGACUACAUGUAGAUGGUGAAACGGAUGUAAGAGGUGCUUAUUGCGCUAUCUCAUGUGCUAAGCUGACGAAUAUGCCUGAGGAUGUUAUCAAGAAAUUAUUUGAUAAAACUGGAGAUUGGAUUGCCAGAUGUCAGACAUAUGAAGGUGGUUUUGGCGGGGCGCCAGAUCUGGAGGCACACGGUGGGUAUACAUUUUGUGGCAUUGCGGCUUUAGCAAUGCUGGACGAAGGCCACAAAUGCGAUAUUGAGCAACUGCUGAAAUGGAAUCUGCAGCGUCAAAUGCCAUUUGAAGGCGGAUUUCAGGGUCGAACAAAUAAGCUGGUGGAUGGUUGUUAUUCCUUUUGGGUUGGUGCAACAAUACCUAUAACUCAAGCCCUUAUUUCACAGGAAGGUGGAUCUAUUAAACAGUCACUCUUCGAUACUAGUGCAUUACAGGAAUAUAUUUUAGUUUGCUGCCAAAAAGCAAGUGGUGGUUUGAUUGACAAGCCGGGCAAACCACAAGAUCUCUACCACACCUGCUAUACGUUAAGUGGCGUUUCAAUAGCACAACACUCUGAAUCGUCGUUGAAUCCACAAGUACUAGGCGAUCCAGCGAAUGAGCUAUUACCAACGCAUCCGCUAUUUAAUGUUCCCCCACGUGCCGUCGCUAGAUCAUUAGCCCACUUUGAGCUGCUCAAUGACGAUUUCAAAGAUUUUAGAAAUCUCUCAGCAGAAAAUCAGCAUAAAUCUGAUUGUGAAAAAUUAUCGACUGAAAGUUAUAUGGAAGCAGAGGAAGGCGUAAAUACUAAUGAGGAAGAAGAAGCUCAAAUAUCUUCUGUUAGCUCGUCAAUAUCGAAUUGAUGAAAAUUUGCAAAUAUUAAUAAUUCUGUACAUUUCAUAUUACCAAAUUAUAAUAUCAAAUUAUUUUGUGUCCGAAAGUUAUAUAUUUGUGAAAUUUUUCCUAGAUGGGAAUACCAUAAACUGAUUUUCUACGUAUAUACCUUGUAAUGUAUGGUUAUAGAAGUAGAUGAACUACGAUAUUAUAAAAAUAAAGAUAAUGCGCCAGUUUAGUAAAACAA